AUGGAUCCAUGGAAUCGAGUAAUGUAUGAUGUAAUUGUAAAUCAAAUGAGCAAAAAUAGCUUAGCUAAAGAAGUUCUUCGAACUUUUCAAAUCGUCUCAUUAUCCACACUAUCCAAUUCCGUAAUUAAUUCUUCACGCACCAGUGUGACUAAUAAGCAAAAAAAUUCUGCAAGGAAUACUAGGAAUACUAAACGCAAGGAGCGUCUUUUAAAUCAAAAUAAAGAAGUAUCGACGGUGUCGUUAAAUGCAUCUACGAUAGAGAGCAUAAAUACUAAUGCAUCUAAUAAUGAUACAACCUUUGAUAAGAUAUUAAAAUCACGAUGGAUAUUACAACCUAACAAAACUCAAAAGUUCAAAAUUCAAUACCAAUCCGAAGAAGUGGGAACUCACCGACAAACAUACGCUUUAUCCAUCCUUGACGGCAAUGAUAUCACUUACGAUAUCAAUGUUUAUGGAGUCACAGAUGUUCCAAGACUAGAUAUGAAUCCUAAUACUAUUUUUACAAGGGUAACGUUUUUUGCUCAUCGAUGUGAAGCAAAAUUAAAAUUUUGUAAUGUAUCCAAAAUUGACGCAGAAGUAGCCUUCUCUCUUCAGAAAAAUAAUUCAGAUAUUUUUAUUAUAGAACCAGAGAAACUUUAUAUUCAGGCUGGACAGUGUGAAUUGCUAAAAAUAUCGGCAGGCGUUACGAAAAUCGGUUCUUUUUCCGAUAAAUUAAACAUAUGUGUCACAAAUAAUCCGCACAUUGAGACAAUCGAGGUGAUUCUUCGAUGUGAUGGCUCGAAAUUGGACAUAGAAUUUGACGAUAAACAGUUAUCUUUUGGCCGUGUACUUUUAUAUAGAAGAAACAUUCUUACUCGUUCUAUUCGGAAUAGAUCUCCAAUAGAGAUAUUCUGGCAACUAGAUCCUAAUGGAUCGUUAGACUCUCAAAUCUCAAUUACACCGACUAGAGGAAUUGUAAAGGCUCAGAGUGAACAAAACAUCGAAUUUUGUUAUUAUGCCAACAAAAUUGGAACAAUCAAGGAAAGCUUGGCUUUCAAAGUUUUCUUUCAUGAAAAUGACGCGGAAUCUAUUUUUACGGAAACCGUCACUUUAUCUGGCGAAACGUAUGACGUUGCUGUUGAUAUUAAUUAUGCAAAUCCAAUUGACUUAAAAUGCGUGGAGGUUGGCUCGCCCACAAGCGCAAACUUCACAAUAAGCAAUAGAGGGAAUCACGAAGUUAAAUAUACCGUACUUCUGGAAGAGCAAAAUAAAUUAGCCAAAAUCGCGCCGAGUUUGUCAUUAAACUUAAAUGAAGACAUAAAAAUUAAUCCUGCUUCCGGUUUCAUUCAACCAAAAAAAGAGGCUAUUGUACAAGUAACUUUUGUGCCAAAGAAUGAAAUUAUACUAAAAGAAUGCCCGAUAUUCCGAUGCCAACUUUUCGAUAUAAAUAAACAAGCUACUGUGAUUGCGGAAUUUCCUCUUACAGUUUCAUUAAUUUCAUAUUACACUAGAUUCCGCGUCUAUCCUUAUAAUGAAAUAAAUUUUUCCUCGCUUGGCAUAUGCACGAAAAAAACGUUGUACCUUAACGUGGAAAAUAUUGGACAAUUCCCUCUUUAUUACUCUAUUAAAUCGCCUAUCAAACAUCCAUCCGUUGAUUAUAUGAUAGAAAUUAAGACAGAGAACGUAAUCAAAAAGGAUCAUGAUAAAUCGACAGAUAGAUCAACGAUAAAAGAUAAAUCACAAAUUGAAAAAACAGAUAAGUUAAAAAUUGGUCCCUUUACUGUAAAAAAAACGGAAGGAAGUCUUCAACCCGGAGAGAUCGAUACCGUAGCAAUUGAAUGUUAUCCCGAAUUUGUUGGUUCUCAACAAGAAGAUAUAAUAAUUUACGUACCCAAUAGUAUUCCCGACGACAAAAAUGGCAAAUUAAUAAAGUUAUCCGUUAAUUCCUGCAUACCCAGCGUUGACCUCACAGAUCUCGAUGCUAUAUUUUAUGAAAAUCACAUUGUGGAUCGCAUUGAAGACUUUAUUUGUCCAAAAGAAAUUGAUGCACAUACAGUAUUCGCACGUCAAGAGAAAUGCCUGUAUUUUCGUUACGUCAGCAUAUUUCACACCCAUACGACGUAUCUUGUGCUUUACAAUCGGAACGUAAUACCUGUCGACGUGGAACUGAUCCUACUUGCGAAUUCAUUUACUCCGGGAACUAUGAGACCUGACACUUUCAUUUUGACGCCCGAAAGAGAACGCAUUCCACCGAUGAGUCACAAGAGAUUCGCGAUUUCGUUCAAUCCGACGUUUAUAGAAGUGACAUUCUUCGAAAUAGCAAUUGAACUUCCUCCGCAUUUGAAGGAUGAAAAGUUUUUUAUUAAAUUAGUAGGACAAGCUUGCGUACCAGAAGUGACAAUAAUCGAGCCACCGAGUGGAAAGCGAGAAAGAGCUAUUUUAAACUUUGGUCGUACGCUAGUAAAUGACUCUAAUGGAAGAAAAUUUACUUUUAAAAACAUUGGUGUGAUACCAGCUAAAGUGAUUGUCGAAAUUUCUAAAGAUCCAAAUUUUCUUUUCACUCUCAAUAUUUGCGAGGGUACAAGAAACUUGUCAAGUGUAUCAAACGAUCGAUAUAUCGUAGUUCGUUUAAUGCCCGAGGAAACGAUUACGCUCGAAAUAAAAUUUACUCCGCAAGAAAUCGGCAAGUACGAAAGUCAAGUGCGGCUAUUUAUAGCUGAUAAUCCUUACGAAAAUAUAUUAAUUGAUUUGAAAAGCGAAGCGUACGAAGAAUUAUUCGUGUUAGAUGGAUUAGAGCUUACGAAUACAAAGCUUAAUUCUAUCAAUGAAAGACGGGAGUCUAAUGCGAAAUCGCGAAGAUCGUUAAAACCAAACAGUACAGCAAGGGAUAAUCGAGAUUCUUCAACACCAACACUCCCGAUUUCAUUGAUCUAUAAGCUGGAUUAUGGAUGCUGCUUUGUCAAUAAGAUAUACAGGAAAAAUUUCAAAGUCGUCAAUAAAUCAAUGAAUAGGUACUUACGUUUUCAAUGGAGUGCACAUCCCAACAUUGUAUUUACUCCAUCCAUCGGUCAUCUCAAGCCUCUGAUUCACAAAGAAAUCGUUGCAACAUUUUUUUCUUCGGAGCCUGUAAUUUACGUUGAUACGCGUCUCGAGUGUACAGUCUGUGCAAUCGAUCUCGCUGAUCCCUCGAAAGAAUCUUCCUGGGACGAUCGAGAGACAGAGGUGCGAUGGAUAGCAAUGAAUUCUGACGCCGAGGAACAAGAGACAAAUACGGAAAUGGCCAAGAAAACAAUCGAACCCGUUAACGAGCCGAGCCACGAAAUCGUACCUGGCACGACAAAGUGCGUCCAAGUGUUACUUAACGCCACCGUGGCGUUCUCCAGAUAUUCCUGUCCCACUAAGGAGAUCAAUUUCAAGAACACGCUAAUGUUCCAGGUUGUAUUCUUUCUUAAUUUGAAUGGCAAUCAAAAUUUACGCACAACAGGGUGCGUGGCGCUACGCGGCACAUGCGCAGCCAUCUUGACUCCGAGUCUCAAGAAGCGCGAAUUAUCCGAGACCGCAGAUUCAGCGAAGAGUGGAAUAACUAUAAACGGUUUCAGCGCGUCUCACAUAAGCGAACACACAUUUACUUUUUCGAAUACUGGCACCGUCGGCGUUGAAUAUGCGUGGCAGAUAAACAUGGACGAGCAGUACCCAGUGAAAUCAAUCACGAAUUACUCUCGAGCCACGCCAAGAUCACGAAGGAGUAAUGCUCGACCUAACACUACUUUGUUAAUAUCCCACGAAUUAUCUCAUCAACGACACAAUCCAAGUUUCGAUAGGAGCGUAAAGUCGAAUCGUCAUGAGCUUCUGUCGUCUCGAGAGAGAAACAUAUUUAAUAAGGAUGUAAACAAUAAAUUGUCUACAGACAAUUUGAUCGAAGUGAAGCCUACUGCUCAUCAUUGCGGUCUAUCUGACCUCUUUAGCAGUAGCGCCGGGUUGACGGGGCGAAGUAGCGACAGCUGGUUAGAGAGCGACGAUCUGCCGUUUGGAAUUCAUCCCGAGAAGGGGAUUUUACCACCGAACGAAUCUGUGGAAUGCGUCUUGAGAUUCUCCCCUAUGGACGUAUUCGACUAUAAGGCAUAUCUCGUGUGCAAAAUGGAGAAUCUCGAUCCGGAGCUGCCAGAAUUAGUUAUUCCUAUCGUGGGAAGAAGUUUGUUACCAUACUGCCACUUUGACAUACCGGAAAGUGACUAUCUGUUCGGUGACAGACGCGACACAAAACUGCCAGGACCCGUCAAUUAUCAACUGAACGAUAAUUCUCUUCCGGAGAGCACAAGAGUGAUCGAGUUCACUGUUAUCGGAAUUGGCAGGUCUCACGUAAAAAAAUUCCGAAUGAUAAAUCCGACAUCGGACGACUAUCGUUUCACCUGGGAGGAUCGAACCCGUCACAUCGAAGGCGACAUUCCGAAAUUUCAUUGUGAGCUUCCAGAAGGAAUCGCUGAGCGAGGAAAACAAGUGGAUUUCGCCUUUACAUUCCUUGCACAGAACAUUGGCACUUUCGAAUCCUUCUGGUUGUUCCGUAUCGAAAAGUACGAUCUGGAGUAUCUCUUCCUGCUCGUCGCGACGGUCAGAGAACCCUCGAUUUGCUGUUCACUUGCCCACCUAAAAAUGAGACCAACUGUAUUGGGCAUCAACGUGCGAGAAUCGGUAAAUGUAAUCAAUAACGAGGAAUUUCAGAUUCCCUUUCAAAUCGCACGGGACUCUUUAUAUUCCGAAGGGCGUCUUCAGUGUUUAAAGAUAUCACCUAUGAGCGGCAUUUUGCCAGCAAAAGGCGAUCAGAUAUUUUGGAUCGAAUAUCAGCCUUCACUUCUUGGCGAAUUUCAAUUUUGCGUAAAGUGGAUUGUAAAAAGAAUGAAGUCACCGUUGACAGUAUUUGUUACAACGACGACGUACAAUAUUAUCGUUUCGGUUACAUACGUCGAUCAGAAUGGUCAGAUAGUGCGAUUAAGUCAGGACAAAGAGAACAUUAUCGACCUUGGAAAACUGAUGUUACGAGUACCCACUACUAUGACGUUUGAAAUAAUAAACUCGAGUAAAAUGACGCUCAGCUAUUCCUGGGAUCUCGGCAUGACAACGGAAAUAAUCAGCAGAAAUGUAUACACAAUUGAGAUGCCUCAGAAGCAGGAUCAUAUGCUUAGCGAGUCGCGUUCCAACUGUUCCCUCAUUGUCACGGCUUUACAAAAGACAGUUAUAAAGAAUCAUCCCGUCCUUUUGAAAAUUUCCAGAGGCCCGACUUUUCGACUGAUUCUCAAGGCGACAGCGAAUAAACCGAUUUUGGAGUUCAGUUUUAAUUACCAUGACUUUGGACCCUGCUACAUUCGAGACGUCACCGCGGCUCCGUAUCACGUUGAUUUACGCAUCACGAAUUCUGAUAAUGUUCCAUACAUAUUGGAGUGCAAGUUUGAAGAUAAGCCACACAUCUUUGUGAAUCUGAACGCUCUUUCAGAGACAAUAACUGCUCGGUCAAGUAUUAUCAUUCCGAUAGCAUUUCGACCUUUGGAACAAGUGCAUUAUCGCGAUAAUCUGGAUUUUAUAAUCAAUUCAACGAUUGAAAAAAAGAUUACUAUUACUGGCGAAGGAAUUACAUAUAAGAAUAACAAUAUUUCAAAGAAUUUUAUAUGA